AUGGACUUCGCACCCUACCAGUCCUCCCCACCCGAACGCGAGCGCGCCCUGUCGCCUCAACCGACCUCUCCCCGCGCAUCGGCGGAUUUCCGUCACCCAUUCUCUCCUCCUUCCGCCGCCCCCGGUGGUUUUCAAUACCAAUACCAACAAGACCAGUACAGCCAGCCGUCGCCGCCGCCGCUCCAGCACCCACAGCCGCAGCGUAGCUGGCAACCCAGCCUGCCAGGCGCGUACCCGGUGGCAGAUGCGCAUCGCGAGGGUGUGAGCGAGUUUGAUACAAGUCUGGGUUUAAGGCUUGACUACGAGGCCUGCGCAGCAUAUCUUGCGCUGCCGCCGCUGGGCGCCAUCCUGCUGCUGAUUGGGGAGCGGAAUAGUGACUAUGUGAGGUUUCACGCGUGGCAGGCAAGCCUCUUGUUCACGGCGAUACUAGUCAUUCACCUCAUCUUCUCCUUCUCGAGAUUUCUAAGCUGGCUCUUCUUCCUGGGCGACCUCUUCGCCAUGGUAUGGCUCGCCAUGCGAGCGUAUCAGGACGCCGACACGCUGGACAGGUUUGAGUUGCCCAUAAUUGGCCGCAUAGCGAGCAAUAUUCUGGACGACGAGUAG